AUGGACAGCAAGGAUAUUGCAAACUUGCCGUCCCACGGGAAACCUGAUAGCGCGGAGAUCGAGAAAAUUGCCAACGCUCAGGAUGCCAACGCUUUUGAGCACGACUUAACAUUCUUCGAGGCGCUCAAAUUAUAUUCCACAGGAGUCAUAUGGAGUAUCAUCCUGUCUACCGCAGUCGUCAUGGAAGGCUACGACACGAAACUGGUCGGAACUCUAUACGCCCAACCGGCUUUCAUGAAGGCUUUUGGGAAUCAUGUUAAGGGAGACGAGUAUCAGAUAUCGGCACCGUGGCAGGCCGGACUAAGCAAUGGCUCCAUUAUUGGCCAACUCGCAGGCUUGCUCAUUGCAGGCUAUUUUUGCGAGCGAUACGGAUUUCGCACAAGCAUGAUGUGGAGUCUCCUAAUCACCAUCGCUUUCGUUUUUAUCACUUUCUUUGCUAAGUCGCUUACGGUUCUUUUAAUUGGCCAAAUACUAUUUGGAGUUCCCUUGGGCUUCUUCCAGACCAUCACCGUCAUCUACGCUAUCGAGAUCACACCGAUGUGUUUGCGGGCCUACCUGACCAACUACGUCAACUUCUGCUGGGCCUUUGGUCAAAUCAUAUGUAUUGGCGUCCUACGUGGUCUCCUGAGUCGAGAUGACGAGUGGGCCUAUCGCAUUCCCUUUGCUCUACAGUGGGUUUGGCCAGCCAUCUUGAUACCCAUGGUGUACUUUGCCCCAGAAUCGCCCUGGUGGCUUGUACGUAGGGGCCGUGUGGAUGAAGCUCGGGUGGUUGUCAAACGCCUGACGUCCCCGAAGAACGUUCACUUCGACAUUGACAAGAAUGUUGCUUUAAUGGUAGUCACCACGGAGCACGAGCGGGCUUUGGAUGAAAGAACUUCAUACCGUGCCUGCUUUUCGAAGGUCAACCUGACGAGGACACUCAUCGUCAUUGGUAUCUACUGCAUCCAAAUCCUCAGUGGAAAUCCUCUCCGUGGGUCCUCGACGUAUUUUCUCGAGCAAGCUGGUUUGCCCACCACCCAAGCCUUCAAUAUGGCUAUUGCCGGCUACGCAGUCGCGAUAGUCGGCAGCUUCUUUUCCUGGACCCUUCUCCCUCUAUUUGGCCGCCGAACCAUAUAUUUCGUUGCUUUGUUACUGAUGUCUUUCCUCCUGAUCAUAAUCGGGGCCCUGGGAAUCCCACAAGCGAUGCAACCGGAGUCCGGCUAUUCGUGGGCAGUCGGUUCCAGCCUGAUCGUCUCAUCGUUCCUGUACAACUGCACGAUUGGUCCCCUGACAAACACGCUAUGCUCGGAGAUCCCGUCGGCGCUCCUACGCAGCAAGUCGAUCGUGCUCGCGCGCUGGGUGUACACACUCACCAACAUCAUCGUCUCAGUUCUAAACUCUUACAUGCUCAACCCCACCGCUUGGAACUGGUCUGCCAAGGCCGGCUUCUUCUGGGGCGGCUGGUGUCUCGUUGCGGUCAUCUUCGCCUUUUUCUGCGUUCCUGAGACCAAGGAUCGCACUACUGCCGAAUUGGAUCACCUUUUUGGGCAGAAGAUUACCCCGCGUGCUUUUUCUAAGAAUCAUGUGGAUUUUACUGAGACGAUCGAGGUGAGGCAGGAAAAGACUGUUUGA